AAUAUCUUGAAUCUUUGUUCUACUCAUCUACUGUCUAUAUAGUCUAUACUCUAUUCCUAAAAAAUAUUUUGACAACAUGUCGGAUAACGAAGACAUAUUAGGUGAAGAUUUAGGUGAUCACAGCCUCGCGGAUUAUAAUCUCGGAAACGAUGAGGAGGAACAGUUGCUGGCUGAUGACUAUGAAGGGAAUUCUCAAAACGUACCCUCAGGUGGACCAUAUCGUGAGCCUACUAGUGUGACUACUGAUUAUAAUGAAAGCAAUAUUGAAUAUACGCCGCCAGUUGCUUAUACAGCACCUGAGACUGAGUGUGUGGUGCCAAAUAUAACUGUUGAAAUACCCAGUUCAAGAGCUGAUCACUGUACAUAUGCUCCCUAUGAACCAUCAUAUGAAGCUGAACAUGCUGUACCACCAGCUAUUCCAGCGGCACCAAUUGAAUCUCCACAAAUUGUGCCAUCAGAAAUUCCACCAGCUGCAAGUUUGGAAAGCAGUAGAGAGAGAUUUAUAUCAGAGAGGCCAGUGGGUGCUCGGACACCACAAGUCAGAAAUAUACCGGACUCCCUUGAUAAUGUGUUUGUUCCCCGCGGUCGUAAUAAUUCCUGGCGCGCACCGCACUACCGACACAACCAUCCUUAUCGGCGACACAACGCGCACUACCGGGGAAACUUUGGCCCUCGUCCCUCUUUCCCACCGCCUCAACGCGCAAGUCCACCGCAAAUUCGCCCAGAUUUAGAGAGUCGUCCCGACUUACUUCCCGAAAGGCAAAUAUUACCCGAACCUCGGGAGAAUUUUCCCAAUUUUCAAAGGUUUCCCUUUCGCCCUGAAGAGAGACCCAAUUUCAUCCCAAAUCAACCCUUCGAGAGGCCCAUGUUUCCAUUUGGCCCAUCGAGAGAAAUAAUUCCACACAAUAACAUCCCCCAAGUGACGAUUCGCCAACCGUUACCGGGCUUACCGGCCAAAGGCUUGGAGCCCGAAGUGAGGAUGUUGCCAGUUUUGCCACCGAAUUUGCCAGGAUUGACCGGGAAGAAAGUGUUGAUUAAUCCCCACUUCAAGGGAAAUUUCCAGCCACCCGUUGAAGGGUUGCCAGCGUACAUACCGACGCGCAUACAAAAGUCGCCUCCGCCGAUCGCUCCUACUCUGGAACAGAAAUUCGGUCCAAUAAAGGACAUAGACGACGCAGCGGAAAGGUUUAUCGCCGAACAACGGAGCGCCUUGGCGAGAGCCGCCACUCGCAACUCGGCUAGACGAUCUCCGCAGAGAUUCAUCGAGAACACGACGAUAGAGAUAGAGAACGAAUUGGCUCGCAGCAGAAGAAGUGAGGACGAACUCUUACGCAAGCAGGAGGAGUUCAUUCACGCCAAUAGGGCCGGUCUACGGAGACGCAUGAGGACUCCGUCUCCGCGUCGAUCCCGCUCCCCGUCUCCCCUCCCCAGAGAUUCUCGGGACCCCCGUGACGUCCGGGAACCCAGAGACGUCCGGGACGCUCGAGACGCGAGGGACGCGAGGGAUCUCAGAGACCGGGAAAAGCGGGAUGAACGCAGACCGAGACCACAGGACGAUGAGGAUAGCGAGUACAGAAGAAGAGUUCGCGAACAGGAGUCGAUGAGAGAGAGAGUUCUAAGAGCAAAAGAAGUCAGAAGGAGAAAGAAUGCAGUCGCCCUACAGAAACAGUUGCAGGAUAAGGAACGGGAGAAACAAGAUAAGAAGGAAGAGCCUAAAAUAGAUACAAAAGAAAAUCCAUCUAGCACUCGCGAAGAAGAGGUGAAACCGGAUACGACCAAGAAGAGUCCCGAACGAGAAGAGAAAGAGAUAGAGAGAAAAGAGAAGACGUCGCCUCUGAGGGACGAAGUCGAAGUUAAUUCUACUUGUGAGGCGCUGACUCCCCCUCGCGGCCCCUCGCCCCUGACGCCCCCGCUGCCCCCUCCCGUCCCCCGCGGGGACAGCGACGACGACCUCGACCUCAUCCUCGGGGACAUCGACGGGAUCCUCUCCGACGACGAGGACUCCGCCCGCCCCGAGGACGACGACAAGAGAGUGGAGUCGAGUAAACCCCAGAGCGACCUGCGCACCAAGUUGCCGCCCAGGAGCGAGAAAAAACCUCUGAGCAGACAGAAGAUCACCUUCACCGCCGACGAGGAGGCAAAAAAGAAAGAAAAAUCGCCAAUUCGCCGCACAAUAGUGUCGAGUUCCACAAAAGUCGCCGAAAGUGAUGAGAAGCCUCUCCAUAAGGUGAAACGGUCCGAAAACGCCUCCGUUAAGUCCAGACAACGAAUUGUGUUCGAAACUAAAAAGGUCGAAAAAACCGACGAAGACGUCUCCCAGAAGUUCAGCAAUCGUCGCGUCAUAUUGCAGAGAAAGAUGACCGACAGGGACAAGUCUGUCUUCUCGCGGAUCGAAAAGACCGACCCCACGAAGCCCAACCCGGGUAUCUUCAACCGGGCCUUCAAGACCGCCGUCGGCUCGGACAGGAUCGACGACAGGAAGAGGGCCCGCGACGUCCGGAAGGUCGUCGGGGCCGUCGAGAGAGACGACGAGCCGAAGGUCGAGUACGAGAGCGGCUCCGACGAGGAGAACCUGCAAAAGGAGGCCGGCCUCACCGCCGCCGUCGGGAACCUGCCUCACGGCAUCACCGACACGCGCCUCAAGACGCUGGCCGGCGAACACGUGCAGAGUUUGAUAUUGGAUAAGGAGACCAGAUCGGCGAAACUCACCUUCAAAACUUCGGCCGCCGCGGAAACCUUCAAGAGGAAAUUCCAUAAUAAGAUGGUCUCCGCCAGUCAGUUGAUCGUUAUAUUAAAAUAACCUAUUGUAAUCGUUUUCUAUCGGAGUUCUUAAAUAUAAGCUCGAAGUUUAUACCGUCACUAGACGGCACCGUUCGCAACUUUCACCUACUGUCGCUGCAAAGUUUCCCGUUUUUGUCUUAAUAAUUUCCGAAUAGGUCUCAUUGCCAAAUGUACAUAAAUGUUUUUAGCCGAUAUUCCUAAUUCACAAUAUCUAUAUUGCUUCAUCGAAUUUAAGAGAAACGGAGCUAAAUGAGAUUUAUCACUCUAUAUCAUGUAUAAAACGAAAUUGAUUUUUUUUUUGUAAUAUUUAGUUGAAAUGCUGCGUUUCUGUUUUUACAAUGUUGUUUGUUGUAGUAAUGUGCGUGGGGUUAUUUUGGAGAUACCAUUAAUGUUGAUAAUGAUAAUUUGCAUUUGUAUCCGUUUAGUCGAUUGGAUGAACUUAAGAAGUAACCGUGUAUUCCUUGUUUAAUUGCCGUUACCGUGUGUAAAUCAUCGUAAUAUUGUUAAUUACGUAAAUUGUCUCUCUCUAUCUCAAUGUAUUAAACUUUCGAAAAACUGUUUUUUGAAGUUAUACUUCUUUUGGCGAGUUAGGGAAAAUUGAUGAAAGUAAAUUUUUACGAUGCGCUCGCACACCGUUACAAAAAGCCGACACCCUGAAUAUGUGUUCAAACGUCGGUAAAACGCUCUGGGCAGCUAGUUGGCGCUUGCUCUGCUUUAACGAAGUUGCAUUGUCUGUCAUGGCGUAUAGAUUUUCAGAGUCGUGUUUAUUUAAUCCAUAAUAAUGAUUUUCAUACGAGAAAACCCGUUCCAAUGUGAUAAAAAACAUAGUUUUUAUUGUAAAAUAUCAUGAUUAGUACAUAUUAUAUUAUUUCGAUUGGAAGUGACCAUUAAAAUGGACAAGAAAAAUGCAAUUCGAAGAAGGAAACGUCCCUCUAAAGCGCUCGAAGAAAAUUAUUACGCCCAAGAAGUAUAACUUCUAACGCGUGUACAUAAGUACACACUUUUUUUUUAACUUAAGUCUAAGUCUUCGAUGAACAAUAAUGGACGAAUGAUAUGUUACGGAUCACAAUAUCGGUGACAUAGCUGACAUAUACUAGUAGAGUACUGUAAACACUACUUAUGAGAAGCGAAGACAAUGAUGAACGGAGGUGGGCCUCGAUUUAGUUGUUAUCGCUAAAAGCUUUUAAUAGUAAAGUCGCGAGUCACAAUUUCUGUAAUUCCGUGAAACAACGGAAGAGACGGAUGUAGAAAAACUUUAAAUUGUUAAUUUUUGAAAUGUAUAAUUACUUAAUAUUUACGAACGUCUUUUGUAAGAUCGUGUAGGUGUUAAAUGUAUGAAACUGUGGCUUAAAUCUGUUCUGUAUAUUUUUCACCAAAAUGCUAUGUGCGUGUAAUGAAAAAUGUUAAAAUCUGGGGUUCCUCCACUUUUAGCUACCGAAUAAUUGUAUAAGCGCUCCGUGAGCGUAUUUUGAAGUGAACGAAAGCACGAAUUCGUGUAUUAAACUAUUAGACUAUACCAAAUGAAUGCGUUAGUGCUGUCAGAGGCUGACAUUAUGGUUUCGACAAAAUCAGCGACGUUUUUCUUUUAAGUGGGUUACGUUGUAUCGCUUUUUGGGGCACACAAUUAUACAUACAUAUACAUAUAUUUUUAGUAAAUAUCUAAAAGCUAAAAUUGUAUUAAAGCUAUCUGAAAUGACGACGAGUUUGUUCACUUAUAACUGGAUUAUCAUAUAACAUACCCAUUCAUUAGUUAGUGCGACAUGUAUCUGUUCGCUACUGAUAUUUUACAUUGUGUAGUAAUAUCAUUUAUUUUAACUGUCGUUUUUGUUAGUAACCGGUGAACACAAAACAACUAGGUUUUAGUUUAAGUCUUCUCAAAUAAAUAUGUGUAAGAUAUUUGUUAUUUUCUUUACUUUCGGAUCUCAAAUAAAGAAUCACGAGUUUAAAAGAUGUUGCAUUUUUAUUUUAUUGUUAAAUACUGUAUAACUUUCGUUUGAAUAAAAACGUCGAUAUUAAAAGUUAUGUUGUUAUCGCUUUAGUGUAAGUACAAAUGCUAUCAAAAUUAACGAAAUAUUUAUUUCGCUGAUUUUGUAGUUUCAAAAGACUGAUUUUAAAUAAACCUUUUUUUACCUA